AUGGCAUCUUCCCACUCCUCGGCGAGCAACAUUGGCGCCUCUACAAGCCAAAGUAGCUUUCCGCCAGCAGCGAAUCGACCCCAGCUGCUGUCCUCGGCUUCCCAGACCGGAGACAUUGCCCUUUGGUUGACCAACAAACUGGGAACAACGACCAACGACCUGUGGUCCGGUAACAGCAUAAUAUCUCAGCUGAACAAGGAAAUUUUGCGACAAAUCAAGGACUGUUUUAGCGAACUGCAAAAUAAUGUCAAACUAAAGUUACUAUUGACUUUUCUUCACAUCUCACGACGUAAUCUCGAAGAAUGGUCUGGAGAACUGGAAAAGAUCCUAGAGUCUGCAAUGGAUGACAACGAUCCGUGGGUUUCAGUCAUCGGAGAAAUGUUGCGCAACUAUCCUCGGCAUGGAACAAUCAACUUUGACUUUCAGUCAAACACAUCAACAUUUUUGGAUUUAGUAAAUGAAAUUAAAAAGAUAGUCAAAAAGCACGGGGAUCGAGGAAUUCUCCCUCUGGAGUGCCUUUACGUAAACCGCCCAGUGUUUCAGUCAUGCUAUGGCUCAUUGCCGCAGCCUGAAAAGCACUUUACACUACGACGAAAGGCAAAGUCGGCAGCUUUGAGAGCAGAGUUACUGCAGAAAGCAAAUGACGCUUCAGCUGGAAAGCGUUCUGGAACUGGCCCAACAGUGCCCAUUCGAUGUCGUGGCCUUACCACCGAUUCAACGCCGUUGAAGGGAAUUCCUAGUCGAAAUUCGUUCGGUACCAGCAGCGGUUACAACAGCUACAACUCUGGGUACACUAAGCCAGGCCUGUCUCGUCUGUCGUCACUGGGAUCAACCUCGACACCUUCUGGCUCUUUGAAUCGUCUCUCGAGAAUUGCCUCCCUUGGCUCGGGCUCUAAUUCAAUGAACACCAAGCGAGACGGAGGAAUCGUACUGCUGGAUAUUACUGAAGCGCCGUCAACGGUACGAGAUCCCAAGCGAAGAAAGACGACCACCUUGGCUUCGGAUGAUAAGAAAGCAGCCAAUUCCGAUGCUCCAGAAAGUACGACUCCUUCAAUUGGAAUCACAGCGACCCCUGCUUCAAGUGCAGCGAGCUCCUCGGCAAUUACCAACACAACGACGCCUCCUGCUCUUGUGCUCGGUCACAAGUCUGGUGUUUCCGAAACUGAAUCGCCUACUGCUUCGAAAAGCAUGCCUCAAGAAGAUCCAUACGACAUAACGAGAGAGCUGGCUCAGACUGAUGCAUCUCGUCCCAACAUGACCGGAGUGACUGCUUCAAAGUCCACUCCCGACUACGCCGCCGGACUUGUCGGCUCUACCAACUCUCCGCAUCCUGCCAAUCGUUACGGGACUAUUCACGAUUCAUCAGGGCCGCUCAAGUCAUCGGGAAUAUCGUUGCUUUCAAAUGCUGGACCAAACACCUCACAACACAGUACAAGUAUUGCCUCCAACGGCUCGAAUUCUUUCAGCUCUGUACCAACAGCCGGUGUUUCUAACUCCCUGUCCUCAGGCUUAUCGAAUCAAAACUUCUUCAAGUCCAGUAAGNGCUCGAAUUCUUUCAGCUCUGUACCAACAGCCGGUGUUUCUAACUCCCUGUCCUCAGGCUUAUCGAAUCAAAACUUCUUCAAGUCCACUUCCCAGCAAAAAAUGGCUCAGGGACAGAAUGUUGCCGAGCAAUCAACUCCUACUUCGCCUAUCAAUACCAUGUACGGAGUUAUUCGGCCUCAGCAGACUUUGAUGCAGUCACAACCUUCAGUUCAGCAGCAGCAGCAACAUCAGCAGCGACUGAUGUACAACCCUGCCAACAGUUCCAUUCUCAGUCAGCAGGUUCAGGCUCGACCCGCAGGACAGCAAUCGGUCAUUCAUCCUAAUCCGCAGCAACAGCAACAACAGCUAAAUCAGCAGCAAAUGCAAUUUGAUAUGUCCAUGCAACAGCAGCAAGGACAACCUCGCAUGUUUGGAAUGUACGGGCAAAUGAAUCCAGGACAAGCGACCAAAAUGCAAGCUGGGCAGCUGCAACAGCAACAACCUCAAGCGGCAGUUAAUCCGCCGCCGCCUAACCCUCAGCGAAAUCUUACUAAUCUUAAUAGAGAAAUUACUCAGCAGGCUACUGCAAUCUUCAAUGCCUCCAACUGCCUUACCCGACCUGAGAAAGCGCUCAUUAUUGGCUUUAUGGCAGGAACACAGGUUAACCCCGCUCCGCACAUGGGUCCGGUCUGUAUGAUUCGGUACUUGGAGAAACUGGAAGAGCGCCGCACUUCGUCCGGAAGUACUGUCACUGUGGUGGUGGAAGAGCACUUUCAAAUGAACUUUAGCACUAAUGAGUGGCACACGGUGCAAAGUGUUCGCCAAGCGGACUCCUCCUACCAGGUGUUCCAGGUUGUUCCCAUUGCCAAAGUGGUUGUCCGCCAGGGAGUCAGUCGAGCUGCUGCCGGAGGAGUUUCGCCAACGGCUUAG